UAAAAUGCCUAGCAUACGCUUGGGCCAAAAUAGUACCAGUUAAAGUUGUAGUUUUCCUUAUAGGUAGUUGCAUCCUUCAUGAAACAUUUUAAUUAGCGCUUCCACACCAUGGCAUGUUUGUUAACUUGAAACAGGUGAAUGGCAUCCAUCCAGAAUGCAGAUUUCAGCUGGAGAUUCAUAAGGAGGAAACAAGGUGCUUGGAGCUCCUAAAGAAUGCCAAGCCAGUGGACUACAGAGGAUGUGUUGGAGUUUGGGAUAACAUCACCUGUUGGCGUCCUGCUAAGAUUGGAGAGACUGUCACUGUCCCUUGUCCAAAAGUAUUUAGCCUUUUCUCUGGCAAACCAGGAAAUAUUAGCAAAAACUGUACAAGUAAUGGAUGGUCAGACAUUUUUCCUGACAUCCUAAGCACCUGCGGAUAUAACGACUAUGAGGAUGACUAUAAGGUCAACUUCUAUGUAAGGGUGAAAGCAAUUUAUACACUCGGACACAGUGUAUCUCUGAUCGCUCUUACAACAGGAAGUAUAAUUCUUUGUCUUUUCAGAAAACUUCAUUGUACUCGGAACUACAUCCAUCUGAACCUGUUCCUCUCUUUCAUUCUAAGAGCAAUCUCUGUUUUAGUCAAGGAUGAUAUUCUCUAUUCCAGCUCCAACACAGCUCACUGUCCAGAGGAUCAAACCUCAUGGGUGGGCUGCAAGGCUAUUUUGGUAUUUUUUCAGUAUGGUGUUAUGGCAAACUUUUACUGGCUCUUAGUUGAAGGACUUUACCUCCACAUCCUCCUUGUGCUAAUAUUCUCCCCCAACAGACAUUUCACAGUCUAUCUGCUGAUUGGAUGGGGAAUUCCUACCAUAUUCAUUAUUACAUGGACAGUGACACGAAUCAUUCUAGAGGACACUGGUUGCUGGGAUACAAAUGAGCAUGGUGGUCCCUGGUGGGUUAUACGAAUACCAAUUUUAAUUUCUAUUAUAGUGAAUUUUAUACUUUUCAUUAGUAUUAUAAGAAUCUUACUGCAGAAAUUAAGAUCUCCAGAUGUUGGAGGAAAUGACCAGUCACAGUACAAGAGACUUGCAAAAUCCACGCUGUUGCUUAUUCCAUUAUUUGGAGUUCACUACACAGUAUUUGCUCUAUUUCCUGACCGCAGUUCCAAUAACUACAAAAUAAUUUUUGAGUUGUGUUUGGGAUCUUUUCAGGGGUUGAUCGUUGCAGUCCUGUAUUGCUUUUUGAACAGUGAAGUGCAAGGGGAGCUGAAGAGGAAAUGGCGGAGUCUGUGCUGGAAGCAAACAGCGGGCAGAGAUUACAGACUCCACAGCUCCUCGAUUUCUCGAAACGGAUCAGAAAGCGUUUCUCAGCUCCAUCGGAAUUCAAGGGCUCAGUCCUUUAUGCAGACAGAGACCACCAUGAUAUAAAUCAGCUAGGUCCUCCAAAAGAUGAAACAACAAACUGUGGGAUAUAUCGUUCAUUACGCAGCUUGAUGUGGUAUUUUCUAAAAUGUACAGUUUAGUGCUUUGCUUUUCUACAUAUUGCUGUUUGGGAAAUUGGUUUGUGCAGCCAACCAGGUAAUAACAGAGACACCUGCUCCAUGGAUGCUUUGUGCUCUUCUUUAUGCCAUUCAUAUUAAUUUUGAUGUUCUCCUGCCAUUUACUAGCCACAACUGUUUAAAAACUAAUAUACUAUAGCAGUUCCUUUCCCCUUCAAUCUGUCCAUGAGUUGAACAGUACCCUUUUCGAUGCAGACUGACUGCUUUGGUACAUUCGAAAAGGUUAAGAUGGGAAGCAAGAAAAUUUCCUACACUUUAUUUAAUAAAGUAAUAUUUCUUUCCUAAUUAGGCACUAAUUCUAUUUCUUACCUAAUUAGGCACUAAUUAUGGAAAACAGAAGAAAAAUAAAGAAAUGUAAGGCUAUAAUUAACCACAGUGGGAGUGUAGUGUAGUAAUCUAGGAAAUCAUUAAUACUAUUUAUACAGAGGAAAAAAAAGUAGAACUUCUUGGCUAAUUUUAUAAAUCGUCAUUCAGUUCUCAGAUGACUUUCUACAGAGCUUGAUUCCUAUCCUGCUGUCCCCCCACCUGAAGUGCCUGGUUUUUAGGUUUCGUAGGACUAUCUUUGCGGUUCGUAUAGAAAAGCCGACGGUAAUAGUUAUGAUUAAAACAUCACCAUUUGCCAAUAGCACUACUCUAAUCACCAGUUGUACUCCUCUGUUUAAAAUGAGAGAGAUUUGUGUUGAUCUUAGGUUAAACAAUUUCUGAAGAGGUGCUUUAUUGCUAGGACAGUCUGGCAUAGGAUAAACAGCCUUGGAUAGCCUAUUACCCACUGAAAAUACUGUUUUCAUAGAAUAUUUUCAUUAAAAUAUGUCUCUAGAGCUAUGUCCUUGGCAGCUAAAACAGAGAGUAUUACAAUAAAGUUACAACUCCCAUUUAAGGAAUAAUGUAAAUAUUUUAGCUUAAUUCCAUUUUGUGUCUGAGCUGAUUUAAAAUUUAGUCCUGGCCAUGAGUCCGGCAAAAAAAAGUAGAUACAAUCCCUAAAAAUUACCAUAAAAGGCAUAAAUUGCAAGAAUUUUCGGCAGCAUCAAGCCUCUUAUGUAGUCACUUUGUAAAAAAGAGAGAGAACUGACAAGUUCUUAUAAAUAUACACAGAACAUUUGCAAUCUUAAAAGAAAUGAACCCAGUGAUGUUUACUUCUCAUGUCACAGUUGACCAUGUCCACUCUAAAUAGUAAGUGUGAGUGAUAUGUAUUUACAUGAGCACCCUUGAUCCAUAAAGAGAAUUGCCCUAAUAUUUCAGAUAACAGAUCGUAUGGAGCUAGCAGGGUCCAAGGUCCCUAACGUUCCCAGGAACGGGGGAGCGUGGCAGCAAGGAGGAUCCCUUGGCAGGCAUACAUGUACAUUCCUGAAAGUAUUGCCAUAUAUUAUUGGCAGCUGUCAAAGUGUCCGUGUACUUCUGGGUCUGUUUUACUGUUACCUAUUUAUCAGUCAAACACCAUUUAUUUUAAUGGGAUUGUCCUGGAGCGAUACAAAGUUAUGUCAAACCAAAGAUAGAAAAUGCCAUAACGGCUGCCAUGAGUACUAAAGAGCAGGUGACUUUAUGUAUAUUACGUGACACCUACCCUUUACGUGAUAGGUAUCAUUUGAGUUAAAUAAUAAUCAUUUAAUUCUUACUUUGCCAAACCUCACUUUAAGGCCGCUCUUGGUCACGUCCCGUCAUUCAGUGUUUUUUACUGUCACUUGGUGAAGUCACUAUGAGAUUCUGGAGCAAACUAACUUGCCCAGGGGGGUCUAAAGAUGGGACCAUACACCUAUAUUUAAACUUACAUGCUAAGUAUUCCCAAAGACUUUAGACUCAGAAAGCAUUGCUGACCUUUGUAUUUCUCCUGGAUCGCUGAACAACCUUAACAGCAAACUCUUAACUGCAAAUGUAUAAAGACACAUUGGAGCUUUUGAGGGGUCUGUGCUAUUCCUGAAUUAAGUACAUCUGUGCACUUUAGGCUUCUUCGCAUGUCACGGGGACUGCUCAGCUUUCUGAAAAUCAGAUCAUAUCUAGAUAUAUGGAACACUAUUUUUUGAAUGCAGAAUUUAUUUUUUUCCCUGAAACCCAAAAGUGGAAAGGCACACUUGGCAAACAUUCAGAUGUAUUCAUUUAUGUUCAAAGGAGGUUCUGCAAGUGAGAGUUGUGCUAUAGAAAUAGAGGUUUUAAGCGAUCAGUCCCAUCAGCCUGUUCUGCAUGAUGCAUUGCCAAUUAUGUGUUUAGAAUUCAUUGUGUAUCCUGGAGAAAACUAUCUUUGCUUUAAUUAGAUGAGCACAGAAAAAAAUCUGCAUUUUAAUGAUUUCUGGAUUAUAAAACACUAAAUCAUAAAUGAGGGAAUACAUUUUGAGUUGCAACAAAGCAGCAUAGUUUUCUUUAGCAGGGUACAGAUGCGUUUGGACUUGCAGUCCAAAUUGGGACAGGUGGUAUCCUACUGUUCAUGUAGGGAGUAGUGCCAUAUGAGACAAUGCGGUUGCACAGUGGUAGAAAUAAAUUGACAUCACUAAUUUUUCAAAGGACUUGUAAUUUCAGUGCUUGCAUGGGCAGGUGAAGAAUGGCAUGCAAGGGAGAGAGAUGCUCCACAUUUUAUUUCAAGCCAGUGAAAAGUGCAGUACUUUGUAAAGCCUCAUCCCUCUACUAAAAAUCAUUGAAUCUAAAUAUAGACAACACUUUUUCUGAGACAGUUGUACUUCAUAAUGCCUUGUACAAGCAUUUUAAAUGUCUGCUCCAAAUUCACCAAGGAAUUUUAUUCAAAGUUCCAGCAUCAACCUGAGCAGCAUGAGACCCGUUUGACUUUCAGCUGCCUUUGCGCACACAGGCACACAUCGUAUUAAAAUGUACGCAAAAAUUGCAAAGCGGUUUGAUGAAUCUAGCACUUGAGCAGUGUUUUGCAUCUUUAUGGCAUACAGAGACAAGUUUUUCCUGGCCUUGCCUCUCAUUACGUUUUACACUGCGCUGUGGCGAUAAACUGUCUUGCAUUGUGCUGUGGUGACUCUUAAGAGUCGAAGAGACAAUGCAAAAAACCAUUAUUUAGCCCUUAUGGCAUCCUUGAGCGUCGCGCUCCCCUGGUCCUUGCAAUGUCAAGGGAGGAGGCAAAGGCACCAAGACAGGCACGUGCUUUCCCAAAUGGCCUUUCAUGUACUGCUCCUCCCUUUUUUAAUUCCUUUACUAUCUCCUCCCUUUGGUUGUGUUAAGUUCAAAACUGAAUUGUAAAGUCUUCAGGGCAGGAAACCUGGGUUUUUGUUCCCCCUGAGAAGUCAGUAGGACAUCAUGUGUGCAGGAAGGUUCCUGAACAAGAACAGUAAUGGUAUUCGCUCUCAGAGCGGUUAAUUGGAGGACUGCACUUGCCUGUGGGGCUGCACCAUUCGUUCUGAGUGACUUUUAUCGGCUUUAUGUCCUGCUGGUGCCUGUGGGACACACUGCGACGGAUUACUCCCCAGUUGCUAAUCGUGACCAAAAUCUGAAUAUAGGUAUUAUUCCACUAGAUUUCCUCGGCAGAACUGAUUUCAGCUGGAUGCUUGAUAAACUCAGGUGAAAUUCACAUGUACCCAAUUCAGGCAUCUAAAAGUUAGAUGUCUGUUUUUGAGCUACAGACUCUUUUAUGUGCCUUCCAUAGUCGUCACAGAGAAACAGUCUGUAGUUUACGAUGCUUCAUCCCAUCUUCAGAUGAGUAUCUAAGGUGGGUAAACAGAAUCGUCCUCUGAAAACACCUGUUUUUCUCGACUUACUAUAAAAUGAGCACAGGGUAGCUGGCUAGUGUUUAGGGUUCUCAGUUCCUGUCUAAAAUUAGGUAAGAUGAAUUUCUCCUGUAGAGUUUAUGGCCAGAGGAGGCCGUUAGGUUAUCUGACUAAUAGAUGAUACUCAGAUAUCCCUUGUUAAGCCAAGUAACUUGGAUUGGCCAAAGUUAUCCUGCAGCAAAACAUGCAGGGUAAUUUAAAAAUGCAGGCAGUGAAGUUCAUUUUUAGGGUGUCCCACUGGUUAACUGCUUUCCACGGUAAACCCUUUUGCCUUAUUUCCUGUUUGGAUUUGCCUGGAUUCAGCUUUCAGCAAUAGUUUCUUGCUUUGGGUUGGGUGUUUGGUUUUUUCGGUCUUUUGUAGAAGGGUCGUCUGCUAAAACAAAGUAUGAGA